AUGUGGUUCGGUCGAGCCGGCCGUGGCAGCAGAAGACCGGUUGCCGCCAGCGAGCUCGGUGCACAUGUAGGCCCUGUGCCUCUUCGUCAGAGCUCUCCUUUACAAUCGGAGCAAAGUCAAGAAGCGAUGCGCGAGAAGGAGGGUUUAUCCGGCUCUACAAUGUUGCAGCGUUCAAGGAGUGAUUGCGGCAAUUUUGGGGACAGGCUGGACAAGGCACUGAUUCUUGACGUGGCAAGCGUCGGCGGCGCCAGCAGCUUGCACGAUGAGGAGAGCGACAUGGAGAUGAUCGAGUCGGACCGCAGUCGAGCCUCCACCCGUGAAUUAGAUGACAAGAGCCACGACUACGAGGAUUCUUGUGCCAGCAGCGGGGUAUCUGCCUCCUCCGCUACCAGCAUCAUGUCGGUUGCUGGUGAUGAGGCGAUCCGGCGGCUCGAAGAGGAAUUACGAUUGACGCGUCUCGCGCUUCUUGAGAAAGAAGAACGAUGCUCCCGCCUUUCUUCUAUGCAAAAUACCGUUGACACCGAAGUGCACGAGCUGACUGAAAAGCUUUUCCAGGAAGCUUACAAAAUGGUGAACCUGGCUGAAGAACGGCGCGAGAAAUCUGAGCGCCUGCUGAAUGAGAGCAGGAUGAAGGUUGAUGUGCUGCAAGCCGAAGUUGAAGCGUUGAAAUUAUUAGUGGGCACGCCGGGAGCUGCCGGGCAGCAUCACACCGCUGCCAAGAGCGGAAAGGGAAACGUGUUCUCAAAGAUUCUGAACACAUCUAAUCAUCCCGGUCAUCAAAAGAAGAACUGGCAGCUCGAGGAAUCGGUGCCUGCUUCGAAGAAGUCGUCUAGCUUGCCGAACCCAAGCCGCGAGCAGCUAGCCCGACUGUGUAGUGAUGGGAAAGAAGAGCCGGAUUCUACCGAAGAGAUUGAUCCGGUGUUCUAUCGCGAAUUCGUCGAGUGGCGGGACGCAGGGCAUCCGCUGAACUGGCCCGAUGUAAGCAGCACUCCCACUACUAGCGACCCGGAACCAUCGCAAAUCGUUGCCUUCAUCACGCGCAUCCAUAAAGAAGACGUCGAUCCCUGUCUGCGAUUUGACAAUGAUGAUCUAGCCACCAGCCUGCUGACGGCUAUUCUACAAAAUCGAAUCGAGAUCGAGCAAGUAAACGAGGAUAAGCCAAAUGUUCGGAAUUGUUCCCUAACAUCGGUGCCUCGGUUUUGCCCUUUCCGCGCUCGGGCCUCCGCCGACGAUGAAUGGCAUUUUAUAUCGGUUCUCGCGAGGAACAGGAUAGCUGCCGUGUGCGAUUUCCACACAUAUCUUCGCUAUGUUUCGCUUGGUAUCGUGCGGUCCGGGCUUCGCGACAUGUACUCCGACAUCAUCGUGCUGCGAAAGAACAUGGCGCUGGCCCGGCUUGGCCUCGGUUUCGUCCCCAAGACCACCGAUCGCACU